AUGUCCCGGGAUGAAUGCUGGGACCGGAUCAUCCAGGCGCGCGACAUCCUUUCCAUCUUCCUAGAUGAGCUUACCACGAGUGAACGGGUUUUGCAUCAAAUCGAGGAAAUCGAAACCUCCCUACAAGAAACCGGACGGGGAUUGUUUUGGGAUAUCUUCCAUAGUGGACCAGCGCGGUUUGGAAGUCAGGCGUUUAUUGCGAUUGCAACGCAAAUGGCGCAGCAGAUGUGUGGACAAAAUGCCAUCACGUUCUACCAGUCAACUAUAUCCAAGCAGUUUCUGGGGAUGAACAGGAAGAUGGUGUUGCUCAUGUCUGCAGUUCUCUUUUCUUGGAAAAUCCCAAUCAGCCAUUUUGGAGCCCUAACUGUCGCCAAAGCCGGCCGACGCAAACUCCUCAUCCCCUCCUUCGCCGGCAUGGGCAUUUGCAUGGCCGUAAUGGACGGCUGCAUCUCGCAGCCAGACAACCAUAUCGCCGUGCAUGCAGCUGUGGCAUUCAUAUUUUUUUACGCCUUCUUCUACGUGACGGGCUACAUUGGCCUCACUUAUCUAUACUGCUCAGAAAUUGCCCCAUUCGCCGUCCGGACGCAGAUUACAGCUACUCAAUGUCGACAUGUGUUCCGUCGUCGAGCAGCAAAGAAGGUCCAGAGAAAGCCGGAUGAUUCUGUACUGGGACCGGGAGAAGUUGACAGAGGAUCAGCUACUGCCAAGCGUAAGCUGGAUUGA